AUGAUAUUUCAUGUAAUUGACGGAAAUUUUCUAGAGUUUCUGGUGGCCCUUUUCUUGGGAUAUUGUUCCCCAGCUCGAUUGGACAGCACAUAUCUUCCCCCUGGAGCGAACGGAGCUGGAGGUGGGCCUGGAAUAUCUCCCCCGUUUGGUGGUUCAGGAGGGCGGCCUGCAAUUAAUGGUGGUGGUGGGAGACCGGGUGGCAAUGGAAAUGGGGGACCGCGCCCGGUAUACGGGGCACCUGGAAAUGGUGCUGGUGCUGGAGCUGGUGCGAGUGCUGAUGCUCAAGCGACAAUUAUUUCAUACGAAAAUGAAAAUGAUGGCAGUGGAACCUAUAAAUGGAGUUACGAAACAAGUAAUGGAAUUAAAGCUGACGAAACUGGAGAACUGAAAAACGCAGGAAGUGAAGCUGAAGCACAGUCGGCUGUAGGAUCCUUUUCUUACACGGCUCCCGAUGGAACCGAAAUUAAAAUCGAAUAUACCGCUGAUGAAAACGGUUUUGUACCCAAAGGUGAUCAUUUGCCAACUCCUCCUCCAAUUCCACCAGAAAUUUUAAAAUCCCUAGAAGACAAUGCAGCGGAGGAAGCAGCUGGAGGUGGCAAUGGAAAUGGAUAUCCGUCCUCUGGUGGAAAUGGUAAUGGAGCUGGCGGUGGCAAUGGAUAUAAAUAUUAGUGAACGAUAUUUUAAAAUGGAUUGGUGGAAAGCCGUAUUGUCUCAUCUACCAAUCAUAAGUGAGCCGAUGCCAAGUACCAUUUAUACAUAUUAUUUAGCUUUAAUUUAUAAUUUUUUGUGGUGCCUUUUACAUACUUAUAUCUGCAUGUUGAAUCAUUAAACAUUAAGCAACCAUUAUAUUUUUCUAAUAUAAUAUGUAGGUAUUGUUCAGGACAUCGACACCAGAUAUUUCAUAUUAAGGGCAAUGGUUUGAAGAUCAUAAUUACGUUGGUUUCCGUUCAAAUAUACAGUUUUGCAUUCAAAAACUCAACCUUUUUACACCUGCAUUUCAAAUUCAGUUGCAACCUGAUAAUUUGUAAAAUAACAAACCAUUGAAGUGCAAUAAUUUUUAAUAUACAUAAGUCUGUUUAGUUAGAAAAAGGCAGACCGACGGGACUGAACUAUAAUUUAAAUAAGUCACUGUCUUUGAUGACGACCUACCGCUAUGACAUGGACAAUGAGCUCUAAAUUUAAAUAAUCAAUGUAAGUUUGAGAUUGUGAUUAUACAGGCAUUUGUAAUGCCUAUUUUUGACACAUUUUCAAAUAGUUGUAAGAUGUUAGCUGUAUAGUGUAUCAUGGCUGUAAUUUUUAAAGAAUACAUUUAUUAUUAUUCA